CUCCACUAAAGAGGCGUGAGGACAUGAGGCUAACGCAGGAGAAUUAAAGUAAGAAUAACUUAACACAUUUAACAUGGAAAUAUAUUUAUCUCUUAAGAAAUAUUGUCUAUGAUACGUCGUUAAGGAUAUUCGAUUAUUUCGAUGGAUUUAUUUACAGUCGUCGAGAUUGCUUUUCUGCGUUGAUAACUGGCUAGCUAACGUUAGUCUUGUUGAUCCGUUUAACGUACACUGGCAAAUGUCAAACUGUCUGUUCAUCUAGUAGAGUUUACGAAAGCGUCCUAAAAUAUGAACGUUUUUAGAAUUGAUUUUCUCUCGUGCAUUUCAUAUCCCAAAUAAAUCCUACAGAACAGUCGCAUGCUACAUUGCAGCAGCAAAAUAACCGCUCGUGCAUGUUUGACAUUGGGUUGCACUUGUUAUCUAAAUGCCACCGCCACGUGGAAACGUAUUCGUGUAUCAGAUCGUUUAUUAUAUGAUAGUUUAAAAGGUUUUAAUUCACCACUUGCGAUCAGAAAGUCAAAUCCUGUUACCGAGAGUGCGUAGUACUUGGAUAAAGGAUACGAAGAUGUUUACCUCCGUCCAGCAUCGACCCUUGUGCAACAUAGGAGCAAAAGCUGUUCGACUCCAGAGUUUAAGUACUUUAAACUACAGUGGUGAGAUUGCAAAAACAAUGAGCAGAUCUUGGACUUUCUCGUGGAUGGGACAGCGCGUGGGCCUGCUCCUGUCAUGGAUCCAGAAGGCUGGAAGAGGAACCAGCAAACUGGCCUCCGAGAAGAAGAAAGAGAGACUCUUGUCUAUAUUUGCAAACCACUGUAGUUUCGUGACAGGCCAGAGGCUGAGAAGAGCUUUACAAGUAGGAGAGCUGUAUUCAAACCUUUACUCCGAGAGAACCAGGUGGACACUCGUGGGCAGCAUAUGGCGACGCCUGCAGAGCAAACACACGCACGCUGGAAAACUCAUAGCAGCUCUGGCUGGAGUCUUCAUGUGGGAGGAUGAGAAGAUUCGGGAUGAGGAGCUGAGAAGGUGUGCAUGGGAGCUGCAAGCAGUCGAGGCUGUGACAGGACUGGGCGAAUCCCCAAAGAUGUCUGUUGUUGCAGAUCCCGGCUGGGAUGUUGUAGUAGAUAAGAAAAACUUUAAAGUGUGGAGGAGACCGAUCCAGGGAAGUCAUCUCUUUGAAUAUAGAGUGUUUGGUUCGUAUAUGGAUGUCACACCCAGGCAAUUCUUCAACGUACAGUUGGAUACGGAGUACAGGAAGAAGUGGGACGCACUGGUUAUAAAAUUGGAAGUGGUGGACCGGGAUGUCAGUACAGGCAGUGAGGUCGUUCAUUGGGCGACACAUUUUCCGUAUCCCAUGUACUCCAGAGAUUAUGUCUAUAUGCGCCGCUAUCACAUUGAUAUGGAAAACAACCUGAUGGUUUUAGUGUCUAGAGCUGUUCAACACCCCAGUGUCCCUGAGAUUCAGGAGUUCGUCCGCGUUCAUUCUUACCAGUCUAAGAUGGUCAUCCGGCCACACAAGUCAUUCGAUGAGAAUGGCUUUGACUACUUGCUGACAUACAGCGAUGACCCUCAGACAGUGUUUCCGCGCUACUGCGUCAGCUGGAUGGUAUCUAGUGGCAUGCCGGACUUCCUGGAGAAGCUGCAUACUGCUGCUCUCAAAGCUAAAAACAUGAAUGUGGGUGUCCAAGACUACGUCAGCGUCGUCAAACCGCCUCAAAUCACACAGGAACGACUAGGUGCCGACAACACUCACACAGCCGGCCCAAACCAGAUUUACGCCUGAGCCACUGGAUAUAUGUCCCAAAACAUCAUUCUAGCUUAUAGAGUCUGCAAGAGAAGGCACAAAGAAAUUCAAAACAUCUCUUCAGUUUUUUUGGUUUGCCAUUUGAGCUGGCCUGCACUAGAUACUCUACCACUUGGUUACAUCACCCAGUUUUUGCAUUGUUAGUUUGCUUCCUCUUUCUGUAGAGUGCAUCUAAGCCAAACUGCUGUGUGCGAUAUAUUGCAAACAUCUAUUCAUCAAAGACGAUCCUGCCAAAGUGAUAUUUUCCUUUACGUUUGCACGCUUCAAUGUAAUCGACCGUGACGUCGAGGUACGCAAAGACGUUCAAGUUUGGAAAAACCAUAGCGUUCAAGUUCAGGAAGUUGAUGCAAAGCCACAGUUUUUCUUUGUGGUGGUUCUCUGCAGGUUAUACUGUGAUCUUAUGCCUAGAGUAGAACCAGACUUAAAAACCCUGUUACAUUUGUGUGUGAGAAAUCCAAAACAGUCUUCACGGGAUCACCGAUACCUCUUGUGGAAACAAAAUCGAGGCGUGUCUUAUAGCAACCGCAACAUCCUCUCAAGCAGGAUUGGCUUCCUCUUGCGCUGUCGAGGGCUGUCUGAAGUUUUUUUUCUACUCUCAUCUCAGCAUCUGUCUGCUACGCAUCACAUUUUAAAAAUCGGUGAUGGUGACUGACUCUGUAGAGAAAGUGACACUUAGGUUGGCACUCACUGAAGCUUCAGGAGAUGUUUUACAAGAGCAAGUUUUGGGAUUUUUGUGUCUGGGAACCCACUGUAAGGGGAGUGUUCGGUGUGUUUAACACAUUUAUGCAUAAAUUAUAACGGAAAAAAAACAUGUUCAGUAAACUGGUACAAUGUUCUUCAUUGGGAUUCAGUAUUCUGAUAGAUAAGAAUGAAUUAACUUUAGUCAGAUGAUGCAGAAAAUAUGUAAUUUGAUAUUUUACAAUAUUUGCUCACAAAUUAACUCGGUCGUCCUCAAAUUUGAAAUAUUUAAGUCUCUAUUUAUGACCUUUUACAUUAAUUUGUGACAAAAAAAAACUUCAAGUUACAGCAGCACUUACAUUUGCAUGACAAGCCAGAAUCAAGGUUACGUAAAUCAUCGGAGGAAAUUCAAAAGUACACGGCAAAUUGAUUUUAGCCUUUGUUGUCCUGUGAUGUCUGCAGAGGAGAAUUUAAAAUGAAGACGGCUCGAGGGCUAUUAAGUCUCAAGGUCAGAUUUUACGUUGAGGAUUUUGUGCAAGUCUCGUGUAGCUGUCCUCAAUUCGUCCUUAGUUAGCACUUGACAUGGCAAAUUCCUGAACAUUAUUUUAGAUUACAAGAGUGGUUCAUGAAGAGUUUAUUAUGAUUGUAGUAGUAACAAGAUAAGAUAACUUUCAGAAAUAAAUAUGAGUUGCACUUAAAUGACAAAAGUUUCAAAAGAUGACCAGUUGAGCCAGUGAUAUUGAUUUAUUGUUAAGAAUUAUAAAACGAGUGAGAUUUCUAUAUACUCAAACAUCUGCUGUUUAUUUAAAGCAUAGAUAUCCAUUUGCUUCCUGUGCCGUUGUGUGUGAGCAAACGAUUUUGUGUUCUUUAUUUUAAAUUGACAAUUUCAAGUCAUUGUCCUUGUUUGCCAACUGUUCUAUUGGGUUUCAUUAUAAAAGCGGCUGGAACAUUUUUGUGGCCUGUUUACGUCAUAUUCAAGAAAAAAAUAGCAAAACGGCACUGUCAAUGACAAAUUCUGUUGUUACAUCCUUUUUGUAUUUGAGACACUACAAGCGUGAAUGCAUUUUAUCACGAUGGAUCUUGUGAUGGCAGUGUCAUUGAUCUCAGUCAUGGGUUCAAAUAGGAACCUUGUCAUUUUGCAUCAUUCUGAAGAACCAUAGCAAAAAAUAACAGUGUUAGUUUAUUAACAGACAGAUAUUUGCUGUCUAGUGUUUGUCUGGUUAUCCCGAAAAUGAUUGUUGAGCACGAUUAAUGCAUUGAACAUAUUUUUUAUUAUCUGAAUACUGUCUGAGAUCCGACAUAUUUAAUACUACACUGAAGUGCAUUUCAUUGAUGUUGGAGAAAACUCGGCUUAUGAUUUAAUAGUUAAAUCAUCUUAUGGCACAAUGAAACGUGACUCAACUUCAGUUUAAUGACUCAACUUCAGUUUAAUCCUCUUGAUUGCUUUUUCACGUUUUCUACUAUAUGACAUUCUAGAAUUGUUCUGCCGUAAUCUCGAGUGAAUUAAAGCUGGAAUCAUUUAUGAACGAGUGAGUAGAUAAAGUACGAAGCAUGAGGGUUUUUUGCUCUUAAUGGGAAAUCGAUCAUGUAAUUCACUAAUUGGUGAUAAUAAAAUAAAUAAAAUGAA